AUGGGAAAUUUAUGUGAUUUUAUGAAAUCAGAAAAAGAGGAAUUUCAAAGUUCUUUGAAUUAAUAGAAUUCCUUGCAACCAAUUUAAGAAUGUAUAAUGUUUAUUAAAACUCAGAGGAAUUGGCGUUAAAAUCAAGUAAGACUCUGGAUAACUCCACAUCAUUUGUGCCUGAAUUAACUCAUAAGAGAGUAGGACUAGAAGAUUUCAUUAUGUUAGCAACAGUUGGCAAAGUAUAAAUUAAUAUUAUAAGGGUGCCUUUGGAAAAGUAUACAAAGUAAAAAAAAAAGACAAUCAAAAAAUUUAUGCUAUAAAAUGCAUCAAUAAGAAACUGAUAUUUGAUAGCAAAUUAGAAUCAAAUGCUUUACUUGAGAAAGAUGUCUUAAAAUAAAGCAAACAUCCAUUCAUUGUGUAGUUAAAAUAUUCCUUCUAAACACCAACUAAAUUAUAUUUAGUAAUGGAAUACAUCAAUGGAGGGGAAUUCUUUAAGAUUCUUUCAAAAACAAAGGGUUUACCAGAAUCUAUUGUUGCCUUUGUGGCAGCUGAAGUGGUUUUAGCGUUAGAAUAUUUGAAUAAUUAAUUAAAGGUUAUUUAUAGGGAUUUGAAACCAGAAAAUAUCUUACUUACAACAACAGGACAUGUUAAAUUAACAGAUUUUGGUUUAGCUACAUUAAGAAAAGAUGAAAAUGUUAAAAAUUAUACUGUAUAUUUUAAUACUAAUAUUAGUUAGCAGGAACUCCUGAAUAUUUAGCUCCAGAGAUUAUAAAUAAAAAAGGACAUUCUUUUGAAGUAGAUUUAUGGACACUUGGAAUCUUAAUAUAUGAAAUGAUUAAUGGACAUCCACCUUUUACAGUUCCAGAUAGAAACAUUUAGAAGAUUCUACAAUUAAUAUUAUAAAAUUAACCAACUUAUCCACCUAUAAUGAGUAAUGAAGCAGUAAAUUUAGUUUAAAGAUUAUUAAAAACUAAUCCUAAAGAAAGAAUUGGAGCUGAAAUAGUAAUUUAAAUUUGUUAAAAUAUUUUUAAGGGAUACUAAGAAAUAAAAUAUCAUCCAUUUUUUUCAAAAAUCAAAUGGACAGAAUUAUACAAUCUAAAUGUCAAAUCUCCAUUGAAAACAUUUGCAGAACAAAAUGCUUCAAGAUCUGAAGGACAAAAAAUGCCUUAUACCUAAAUUUAAGAGACACCUAAUGCUCCAUAACCUCAUAUAAAGGGUAUGAGUUAUGGAGGAGGUGAUGAUACCUACAACUCUAAGAAACUGAAUUGA